CUUUGUUGGGCUUAAACUUGAUAUGAGUAAGGCCUAUGACCGGGUCGAAUGGCCUUUUUUGGAAGGGAUGAUGAGAAAUUUGGGCUUUCAUGAUAAUUGGAUAGGGUUGGUUAUGGAAUGUGUAACAUCCGUUUCUUACUCUAUUCCAUUUGAUGAUGGGAUGAUUGAUCUGUCAACGCCGGGGAGGGGAUUAAGGCAAGGGGAUCUACUCUCUCCUUAUCUAUUCCUUCUCGUGGCAGAAGGGCUUAGUGCUUUGUUUCGCAGAUAUGAGUCAGUGGGCCGGUUGCAUGAAGUCUCUAUUGCUCGAAAGGCUCCUAUGGCUUCACACCUUCUUUUUGCAGAUGAUAGCCUGCUGUUUUUCCGAGCUAGCCAUGACGAGGCUUCCUUGGUGAAAUGGAUCCUAGCUGACUAUGAGGAAGCAUCUUGCCAGGUAACAUUGACUGGUAAGCUCUAAUAAUUUUAGGGAAAUUAUCAUUAACCUCCCUUGAGGUUUCAUGUAUUAUCAUUUAGGCCCCUGCACUAUUGAAAAUAUGCAGUUACC